AUGAGUAUUAAGUAGGUUCACUCAAAAAAGGAAAAGGAAGAAUAAAAUGAAUAUGAGUUUAUAAAAAUUUAUUAUUAAGAAUUCAAAUAAUUUUAACUUAACUUUUUCAAUAAAUUUAAAUUCUCUAAUUAAUAAAAAAAUAUAAACAAUUUAUCAAUCAAAGUUGUUAGAAAAUUAUUCCAUUUUAAAGAAAAAGGCAAAAGAGUAUUACAAACUUAAUAAUAUGCCUUAUGA